AAGAUUUUUUGUUCGAGCAAACCACUUGAGAGGAUUUUGCUCGGAAGAACUUCUAUAUUAAGAGUUAGGAGGAAGAAAAAGAAGGAAGGAAAAAAAACCAACCUUGCAAGGGUUUUGAGCAAAUGGGUUCUCUAAUGGCAGGAUGGGACUCUCGAGUCCAAGAUCCAGAGUCAGUGGCAUACAAAAGGAAUCGGUCAUUCACUAGAGAAGAGAUUGAGGCUUACUGGAGCGCAAAGAAGAAAGCUGAGGAAGAACAUCUCAGAGAUAUUUGUAUUCCCUCAUCUGAUAGCAUUCAGGAAAGAAAGUUUGAGGAAUCUGUGAAAAAGUUUGAGAGGUCGAAAUCCGCGCCUGUAGACAACACAAGACAGCAGGGUUUCAUGGAAACUGAAAAAAGCCUGGAAAAACUGAUUAUGAAAAAUGGGUGGUGGACUAGAAGCAGCUGGGCAUUUCUGAACGAGCCACCAGUUUUUGAGGCUGCGUCCAACAGUUACGCUUCGCAGUUCCACAUUGCUAGCUCGGCCGCCUCGAAAUCAAACGCCGGCGAUGGGAUUGUCCAUAUAUAAAUGAGUGUGUGUAUCCUUGAAUAGUUGCGGUUCGAUCAUAUUCUGCUGAAGCUUUUUGAAGAGAGAUGUUGAUUUGAAAUGGAUGGGAAGUGUGUAUAAAUGAAAGGUGUAGUCCUUGCUACCUUUUAGGCAUGUAUAGAGCUAUUUAAUUUGUCUCUGAUGCUUGUACAAAGAAGCGAUUUGUAACUCUGUUUUCUUAGGAUUAAUGACUAUAUUUUUGAGUGAUUUGGUGACGUACUUUUUCCUUUUUGUCUUAAGAAAUAUGUCUUUCAAAUCCCAAGCAUAACCUUUUAGGCAUGUAUAGAGCUAUUUAAUUUGUUUCUGAUGCUUGUACAAGGAAGCGAUUUGUAACUCUGUUUUCAGGAUUAAUGGCUAUACUUUUGAGUGAUUUGGUGA